AUCAGACACCUCCGAUGAUAAAGGCACAUUUCAGGGUACAAUGUGUGAGGGUCCUUCAUCAAUAUCUGGGCCAAUCCCUCCUGAUCCUUCUCUUUUCCCUGAACUCUAUAAACGUACAAAUUCAGCUCGUGGACGCUUAGAGGGGCAGCAUGAUGGAAGUCUGUUGUCAGGACCACUUGCUCCAGACCCUGUGUUGUAUCCAGGCUUCUACACUGCUCGCACUCCUGCUCAGCAUCCCCGCAUUGGCCCAAAUGCUGCUCAUAUUUUGGAAAGAGGAAAAAAAGGGGUUGUGGGCGAGUUGCUCAAGCUAGAUGAUGCCCCUUUCAUUUAUACUCCUAAGCAGAAACAUCUUGUACAGGAUUUUGGUAAAGAGAAUGUGCGGCGACUCAGGGAGAUCCAAAAACGCUACAGAGAGCAGCAGGCUGAGAUCACACAGUCACGCCAUGCUCCAGUCAAAGCUCUUUCUUCAAAGUAUCUUCAUGUUCCCUCAAAAGUAACGACACAGCUACAGAUUCCACAUUCAGCAAUCAAACCUCAGUGUCAAAACUUUCUAAAGGCACAUGGGGCAUCACAAACUUCUCCCAAAGUUUUGCGGCGCUCAGUAUCAUGUAACUUUAAAAAUGACAAGAAUCCACAAAAUCAGGUCAGCAAUUCUGAACAGGAAGUAAAUGGACUUGCUUCUGUUACUAAGUUUUUUUGGUUCAAAGGCCAGACCGUAAACUUCAUAAAACAUAAUGCAAAGGCUGCAGGGAAAACAGCGCUGCGUCGUUCUCAGUCUUUGUCAAGCCUUAAGGAAAAACCUAUUCCCAGUGCAGUCAAAGGACAAGUCCACUCAGUAGGUAAUCUUGAGGAAAGAAAGGAGCAAUGGAGGAGAGAAGAAGAAGAGCGAAGGAGGAAUGCCCCUGAUCCAUCUGCUCCAGCCGGUCACACACUGAUGCCUGAGAGCGAGAGACAGGAAACUCUUAAAUCCCUCAAAGAAAGCCACCGCUCCUUGGUGUCUGAGCUACUUUCACUUCCCCUCAAAGCAGACAACCUAAGUGUACAAACUCGAAAGGCUCAUCUUGAUUGCAGACUUUCUGAGCUCGAGGAAGCCAUCAAAAUAUUUUCUAGGGACAAAGUUUAUGUAAAAAAUGAUUUUUAACAACAUGAGAAAUCCAAAUACCACAGAUUUAUGAGAUUUUGUAAAGACAGAAGCCCAAUUUUUUAA